AGUCCCUUACCAUCGUUCGCAUGGGUCGCACACGUCAAAAAGCACGGGCUCUCUGCGCCGUCAUUUUUGCCACAUAUCCCGAGCUAUUCGAACAACCCAUCUGGCAAGAGCAUAUGCGAUUCGAAGGAUUCAAUGGUACCAAUAUUCGCCAUAUCGACAAUGAAGACCUUCUGCACAUCAGGGAAUUUUUGGAGCACAUUGAGGGCCUUCCUACUGAAGACGCCAUCGUCGCCGUCAAUUCACUGACAGACGAUAGCCAUUCACAAGGUCGUAAUGCUUAUACGAAGUGGUGGAUGGCCAGCGGCUUCAUCCAGAGACUAAAGGAGUCACUGAAGCGGGGGCUUGCUCGUGCCGACGUCGACAUCAAGGCGAUGUACCGUUUCACAGCCAAGAAAACAAAGUUUGUCACGGUCGGCCAAUUUGCCCUGAAGGAGGCGGAAAUCGCGGAAGCAAUAUUUGGCAGCGCUUAUGAGGAUCAAGAAUCCGGUUCUGCACGGGAAGAGUUCAGAAUGUUGCUACACUUCUUGCUCACAGAAUACCUCAAUGCUCGUCACAAGGAUCAACAGAAGGCCGUAAUGUUGAAGACUGCUGCCAAGAAGAAAGUUGAUGCUGCAUGGAAAGCAUUCAACAAUCCUGAUAGUAGCAUCAAUGCCAAGCAAGCAAAGAAAAUCCUUCUUGCUCUUGAGAAGUAUGAGAGGUCUAUUGGGUGGGAGGCCACGGAUGCAGAGAUACAGGAGUGGGCAGAGCAUGAAAGGAUGAAGGGAUUGUUUGAAAAGGCACUUGUCAAAGCUGAAACAAAUGAGAGGGAGUUGAAAAGGCGCAAGAAGAGCAUGCAAUGUACGUGAAAUUACUUUUUAUUUUAUGUAUGAAUCAUGACAUCAUAACAGUCAUUACUGGCCGAUUGUCUGGGAGCAACCUAGUUAUUACAGCCAGUGAGAAAGACAUUAAUUCGCUUCAAAAGGAGUUUACUAGCCGACUUGAAUCUAUCGAGGACUCGAGACAGAAUGAGGACAGAGAGCAAAUACUUCGAUGACGGUUUCCGAUACCUUGGGUGAGGGCAUGAUGGAGAAGGUAGCAAGCAUGCGGUCGGGGUAUUCCUCUCGCAGCUUUGAGAGCAAUAAACAUCCAAGACCCGAUCCAGUCCCUCCUCCCAGUGAGUAGAUGAGUUGGAACCCUUGUAGGGCAUCGCAAGCCUCCAAUUGUCUCCUAAUUGUCUC